CUCGUUGAAUUUUGAUUGGUUAAUAAUAAUAAUACCAUUAUUAUUAUUAUUAUAUUUCAUUAUAUAUAUAUUACUCUCAUCAUUGUGUAAUUAGUUGAUUACAUAUUUAAGAGUUUAUCAAUUAUGGUAAUCUAGUGUUUCCUUCUCCCCUCCUAGUUUCCCCUUCCCUAUUUUUUGUUGUUGUUGUUGUUGUUGUUGUGAUUAUUCUCUAUAUCAUAAAUGAUGGCUAUUCCAUCACAAUGUUCAUUAGAAUUACUUAAAGAUUCAUCAUCUCAUCUAUUAAUUAAACCAUCUACACAUAUCAUCAAUAAUGAUUGUUUAUCUUAUUCAAUAAAUCCAAUGAUAGAAUCAAUAAUUGAUUCAUCAAAUAUUGAUCAAUUGACUAUAAAAUCAAUAAAUCAUCAUCAUCAUCUUCAUCAUAAUGAUAAAUCAAUAUCAUCGAAUUCUACAAAUGAUUGUCCUAUAGAAACACAAUUAUAUAAUGAAGAAGAGAAAAUCUUAACCCAAUGUUUAAUUCAUGAUAAUACUAAUAAUACUACUAAUAUUAAUAAUAAUACUACUAAUAAUAGUAAUCAAUUAUUAAAUGAUGAUUUAUUAUUAAAUGAUUUGUAUUAUGAUCAUAAUCUAUUACAUAAUCCAUAUUUAUAUCAUACAUAUUAUGAUAUUGAUUAUGAUUUAACUGGAAUCACACCAUUCAAUCAUUCAUCAUUAAUGAAUAAUCCUGGUUUAACAAGAUCUACAAGAAAAAUUGAUAAUGAUCCAACGAUAUUAUUAACUUUAUUAAAAUGGGCACGUAUUGGUUCGAAUCAAUUGCAUGGAGAUGAUGAUCUAAUUGAUCGAAUGAAUUAUCAAUAUACAAGUGUAUUAUUAUUAAUUUUAUUAACAUUAACUGGAUUUCGACAAUAUUUAUCUAGAUGGUUUGUGCUGGUGAUGUCGUUCAGUGGGACGAUGAGAGCUCUACGACAAAACCUUCCAGCUCAGAGAAUAAAACUCCAAAAACUAAUUCAUUGUGUAACACAAUUACUGGAUAUCUUCAUUGUUGAGUCGGAUUUCCUAGAACUGCAACAGAGACUCCAGAGGCCCUAAAGGAGCCAAAGAGUCCUAGACAGUCAGAGCAUGAUGGAGCUACUAUUGGUCAGUAGCAUAAUAUGUCCUUUAGCGGAUUGGCCAAAAUAUGAUGUUGAUUUAACAAAUGUUAACAUCUAUAAGUACCCGUAGUUUUCUGUACAAAAAUGAACCUUUGGAGUAAAGUGUUUUCUCUUAUUUUGCGCCUUUUCUCUCGAGUCCAGGUCGCUGCGUAGUUCUCUCUUGCGGGUUACCAGAACAGCUUAGCAACUGAAUAAAGCGUUCAAAUUAACAAGACUUAUCAUUCGUAAAGUAUGAGAACCAUACAUUAAAUGUUUCAUUCGCAAAUCAAUUGUCAUUUACAUUCUGUAAGAUUCUCUCAAUUCACGAUUCAUUUCUAUUUCUUUUUUUAUUUUAUUCAAUUCGAUCUUCUUAGCCUCCUGCUGCCAAACAUUCC